CUUUCUCUCGUUGCUGUCCAGGAGGGGGGGGUACUGGCGCCGCCUUCUCUCGUUCCUGUCCAGGGGAGUUCUGUGGAGCCACCCAGGAGCUGGAGAGACUUCGGGGUGGCGGUCAUGGCUCUGGUCCUGCUCUCCAUCAUCUUCUUCGCUCCUGAGUUCGCCCAGCUGCUUCAGGACCUGGCCUCGUUGGCGACCAAUCCCUGGUCGUCUUGCAACGACGGCGUGGGAGGUUCUCGUCUGGAGCAGUGGCCUGCCUCGUUCUGGUUCCUGCCUCGCCGUUUGGUUGCUCACUGAGGUCGUCCGCCCGAAUCGCCCCGUGGGGACCCUGGUGCUUGGCGUCCGGGUCGUCCUCCUGACCUGUCCGCCCGGACGCCUCGUGUUUGGUGGCCUGGAUGGCCACCAGUCUGGGGUUCGGGGGGGGGGGGGGCGUGCCCUCCUCCGGAUCCCCUUCCGCCCACCCCUGCCUGUGUUAAUUAGUGUCUGUUUUUUUUCGUUUAGGCACGUCUGGGAGCCGUGCCUUUGAGGGGGGGGGUACUGUCAUGAUCCUGUCGCUUCAGCACGAGCUGUGCGGCUGCGCUGAUUGUGAGGCACACACCUGUGCCUGAUGCGGCCUGAUCAUCCCCCGUGUAUAUAUAGGACCCGGUGACGACUGGUCCUCGGCUAGUUCGUUGAGCUUUAUGUCCCGUUCCAACACCCUCGUAUUCCUGACUGAACCUGUGUGUACCGACCUUCGUCCGUUCUCCGACCAACCUUUAGCUGUUGGGGUUUCCUGCAGCAUGUCCCAACCACCCGCUUGCAGCUCAGAAUCGGCGUUGGCUUCUUCUCCAGCUCUCUGUCACAUAUAAACUGAAGACUGACAGCUUCUCUCUCACUUCAGUGUUUGACUGAUAAAGAAGAUUUCAUCGAUCAAGCUUUGACUGCUUCCAUUCAGAAUGAGGGUCAUUGCACUAACACUCUGCCUUACUGCGGCUGUAUUUGCCAAACCUAUUUUAUUUAAUAGUGUGGGAGAAUCAAGUGAAUCAAGUGAAUCCUCUCAAACUGGAGGUUCAUAUGAUAUACAAUCCUAUCAACAUUCCCCCCACCACCAGCAGCCUCAGAAUGGAGGUUCCUAUGAUCCACAAUCCCAUCAACAUUACCCUGACCAGUACCAUCAGCAGAGCUCUGAAGAAAAUCGCCAGCAUCAAUCUCAAACUGGAGAUUCCUAUGAUCCACAAUCCGAUCAACAUUACCCCUACCAGUACCCCCAGCAGUCUCAAACUGGAGGCUCAGAUGAUCAACAGUCUUACCAGCGGUACUUGUACCACUACUACCAGCAGGCUCAGAGUGGAGGCUACUACGAUUCACAAUCCUACCAGCAAUACCUACAACAGUACCAACAGAGAUGGGAUCCAUCUUUUGCAAGUACUGACAACCAAGUUGGAAGUCAGUUAGUGCCACAUGCGACCGACAUCAGUGACACCACCAGCGAAGAAGGGGACACAGGCAGCAUCACUGGUGACACAACUGACACUGUUGACAACGAUGAGAACGGAAGUAGUGUGAGCACCAAGAGCAGUAACUUCAGUGAGGCCACCAAUAGUGACAGCAACGAGUCCAAUGAGAACACCAGUAAUGGGUCAAGUCCAACCGAUAACAAAAGUUACAACGUCAAGAGCCCAUUGGUAAAUCAAGUUAUUUACAGAAGUGGGAGCAAUGGUGGGGAAACUGGUGAAAUCAUCAAUGGUGGUGACAGUACCAGCAGUGAAAGCAGUGAAAGCAGUAAGGCCGGCAACAACACUAGUACUGAAAGCAAUGAAACAAGUACUCGUGACACAAAUCAUGAAAGCAAUGAGUCGGACAACAGCAAUGAUGUGAUUGACAGCAGUGAGAGCUCCAGUGUAGAAACUAUCCAGACCAGCAUGAGCAGUGAUAUCACCAGUGACGACCCCAAUGAAAGUGUUAUAAGCAGCAGUGAAAGUAGUGAGACCAGUAAGGCCAACAACAGCACCAGCAGUGAAAGCAGUGAAACAAGUGUCACUCAUGACAGUACAAGUCAAGAAAGUACCAAUCCAGACAACAGCAGCGAGAGUGCCAGUGACGAGAGCACUGAGUCGAGUCAGGCCAGCAACAGUCCCAGUAGUGAAAUGGAUCAGACGGUUAAAGUCAGUGACGUUAGCUAUACCCUCAAUAGCUCACAGGUAAGUGAUGUGCUUAACAGCAGCGAGAGCAAUGAGAGCACCAGUCAAGAAACCACUGUGACUACUGACAUCAGUGACAUUAGUCAGGCAAGUGACAACAGCGAAUCCAAUGAGAGCACUAGUACUGAUAGCAAUGGGUCAAGUAAAACCAAUGAAAAAAGUUCUACCAUCAAAGCACGAUUGGUUAAUAAAGUUAUUUACAAAAGUGGAGAUAAUGGUGAGGUAGCUGGUCAGACCAACGAGGGUAAUGAUAGAACCAGUAAUGAAAGCAGUCAAACAAGUGAGACUCAAGACAGCACAAGUCAUGAACGCAACGAGGCAGACAAGAACAGUCAUAGUGCCAGUGAUGAGACCAAACAGUCCAGUAAGACCAUUAACAAGCCCAGCAAUGAAACCCAUGAGGAAGUUAAGGACGGUGAAGUAAGCUAUGCCAUUAAGGGCUCACUAGUAAGUGAGGUGAUUGACAGCAGUGAGAGCACCAGUGAAGAAACCGUUCAGACCAGCAUGUCCAGUGAUAUUACCGCUGAUGACACCAGUGAAUCCAGUGAGACUAGCACUCAUGAGGGCAGUGGAUCCAGUGACGUUACAACUUAUGUAAAGAGUGGAACCACUCGGGCCAGCGACAUCACCGGGCAUAAAAGCAAUGAAUCCAGUGACACCAAAAGUCAAGCAAGCAGUGAAUCCAGCGACUCCACCAGUCAGGAAAGCAGUGACUCCAGUGACACCACGAAGGAACAUGACUCCACUAGUAAUGAAAGCAAUGAAACCAGCAAGGCCAGCGACAGCACCAGCAAUGAGAGCAGUGAAACCAGUAAGGCCAAUGACAACAACAGUCACGAAAGCAGUGAGGUACACCAAAGCAAGGCCGGAGACUGUAAAGACGGGAAUGAGAGCUGUGAGAGCGAGGAGUAUUUCUUCCAGGACAUAGGCGACGACGGCCACUACUCAGUGGACCAUCUCAUGGUGACAGAUGAAAACGACAUGGACCUCCGUCUCCGGAGAAGAUGACCUCACCUAAAACACGUGUCCCAUGUUAACUUCAAGAUUACUGAAGCUCUCCGAAGGUUUUAGGUGUAACAUAAGCUAUUUUUUUUUUCUACUCCUGAAUGUUAUUCGCAUUACAUUACUGUGUGUGUUUACAGAAAUAAUUUGUACUUGUUUUCACAUAGAGAGUAUAUCCAUACAGUUUUCUGAAUUUUGUGUAUGUUUUAUGAAAAUAAAACUUUAAUUUUUA